AUGAGUUGGUUGAGAAAUUUGCAAGGUCAACUGACAGAUCUUGCGAAUGAAGUUUUGAGCGAAGCAACAGAAGAAAUCGAUGAUCCAAAUUCCGAGUUGCAGGUUGCUAAGAAGAAAUGCUCAGAGUUUGAAGCGCAGUUGACGACUGAGCAGCGUAAAGUUGGUUCUUUGGAAGCACAUGCGAAAGAUCUAGAAGAACAACUUUAUGCCACACAGUCGGAAUUGGAUAAUCAUAAAGGCAAGUAUGAAGAUAUUCUGAAAUCUCGCGAUUCGGAAAUAUCUAAGCUCAAGGUUGAACUUGAACGUAUCAAAGCAGAGGAUUGGGAAGAGGGUUUCGAUGAUGAUGAAGAAGAGAAAUGUGCAGAUCUUGAGAAAGAAGUCCAACACUGGAAAUCUUUGUACAUGGAGCGAAAUGCUGAGCCAAUGAUAUCCAGAUCAGAGCACGAAGCUUUCAUUGAUAAGCUGCAAGCUCUUAAAGACACCGAGGUGGCAUCUUUAAUGGAAUAUCACGCUAAUGUUAUUGCCGAACUUAGAGAAAGUUAUGAAGACAAGAUGGCAACGCUUCGGCUCGCCUCGUCGUCUUCUACCAGCAAUGUGGAUCUGCUUGACACUGUACUGCUAGAGAAAGAAGAGUUAUUAGAAGAGAAGCGGAAGUUAGAAGCAAUCCGGAAAUCAUCAAAUGAUGAUAAACCUCUAAUCGUGGAUAUAAUUGAUGGGUCUGAGCCAUCUGAACCAUCCCCCUCCUCCAUGGAAAUGGAGAACAAGCUGGCUGAAGCUAAUGCUAGAAUAGAGCGAUUAUUGGUAGAUCUCAAAGACCAGGCAAUGCUUUAUGCUGAAAUUAAAUCUCAAAAGGAAGAGAUCGUUAGCCUUGUUGAGCAGAAUGAGGAGUUGACUAAUGCCUACAAUGAGAUGAAUGAUGAGUAUGAAGAAUUCAAGACUGCGAGAACUACUUCGGAGGACGUGGAAGCUCGUAAUGAAGAGAUGAGCAGAAGAAUCGAGUUUCUGAGCGCAACUUUGGUUGAAUACAAAGAGCGGUACGAGAUCUGUAGAAGAGAGAAUGCUGACACUAGCAGACAGCUGGAGAGACUUAACAGUAAUUUCGACCGAAUUAAGAAUGACUUGGAUGAGGCGAGAACAAAGAAUGCUGAGAAAGAUGAUCUGAUGACGAAAGAAGUGGAUAAUUUACGGAAAGAGCUAGAAAAUUCUAUUCAAGACCGUACAAAGCUUCGUUCGGACAUCCAGAACUUCAAGGCUGCAGUAGGAUCGAUCGAUGAAGAUUUGAGUCGUCUGCGGGAGACAAAUAACUUUUUAGUAUCAGAAAAUGAUAGGUUACAAGUAUUCGUAGAGGGGUUGAAAGAAAAACGGAAAGAGCAGGAAACGAUGGAAGAUCCUGAAGCGCUUUCUAACUAUAUCGAUUCGAUGAAGAAUUUGCAAGAUCUGCAGAAAAGCGAAACUUCCGUGCUUCAAAAUCUUCUGACACAAGUCACUGAACAGAAAGAAGCUCUGGAGAAUGCUAAUAAGCUGCUCGAGGAGAGAGUUGCUUUGCUGGAAGAAUAUCAAGAAUUGCAUAAGAAAGAAGAACAAGGGGAAACCAUGUAUAAUGACUUAUACAAGAAGAAGAUGAAGAUUAUAGAAACUCUUAAUGAGGAUCUCAAGGAGAAGUUGAAGACAGCCGAAGAAACUUUGUCUUCGAACGAAAAGGAAAUUGAGGGUCUCAAUGAGCAAUUGAAAGAAGCUCUAUCCGCCAUCACGGAAGUAACAGAAGAUGCAACCAGAGCCAAAAAGAUGGCUGACGAUUUUGAGAAAGAGAUCACUGUUCAACAAAACUGUGUUGACGAACUUAUCAUCCAAAAUAAUCUUCUGCAAGUGCAAUAUCAGGAAGCAACAGAUAAUGCUCGUGCAUUGCGAGAUCAGAUGAGGGAAAAGGAUAGUGAGUACUCUAGACUUGAAUUAGAAAAUGCCCGAAUCAAAACUGAAAAUGAAGUCUACAGAAACAAGGUGGAGACAGAACCGGCACCAGUAGUUGUACCCGUACCCGUAUCCGAUUGUUAUAACGAAGAAACAUUCAAGAGAUUAGAAGGCCAAUUGCUGGAGAAAGAAUCAGAAGUUUUAUGCUUGAGAAAUCGGGUGGAAAAACUGCUAGAAGAGAAAGAGGAAGAAGAUGGCUCUGAAAAUGUAGCAUCUGCCAGAAUAGCUGAGUUAGAAGCGGGUAUGGAGCAACUUCAGAGUUACAGUGAGGAGCUGAAAAAUUCGUUGACAGAGAAACAUAAAGAGAGCGUGGAGUAUUACAACCAGUUGGUUCAAGCAGUUGAACGAGCCGAAAAAUCAGAUUCACAAUUGAGAGUUGCUACCCUAAAGGAAGAAGAAGCUCAUCAAUUAUUAGCCAAAGAAAAAGAGCACACUGCGAAAUUGACGGCUGAAUUACAGAGAUUGAAAGAGCAUUUGGUGUUUGUAGAGGAGACUUCUACGCGGGAAGCCGUAGAAAGUGAAAAACGCGAGACUGAGUUCCGUGAUAAAAUUCGAUCCCUUCAAAGUGCUCAUAGUGCAGCUAAUGUGAAUGCAUCAGAAGCUACCCAGAAUUACGAAUCAACUGUUCAAGAAUUGCGAAACAAACUCGAGAAUGCUGAACAGAAACUUGAAGACUGGAGAACGAAAUGUAAGCAGGAAGAGCAUCUACGUAAAGAAACCCAGGAUGCCCUGAGCAGUUUACAGAGCGUAGUGCGGGAAUUAUCGAUUGAUCACGAGAAGGAAUCCGCAUCAACCAUGCAUAAAAAUCUUGAAUUGCAGUCACGUGUCGAUGUGCUGAAUGACAAGCUCUCCAAUGCGUUGGACAAUGUUGAGAAACUCCAAUUAGAUAAGCAAGCUAUUGAAGAGACGUGUGAUUCCGUGAAGGAGACUGUUACGAGUAAACAACAUAUCAUUGAAGAUCUCGAGAGCCAAGUUGAAGAGCUUAGGUCGGCGAAAUCUUCGAACGAGAAUUAUCGAGUUGACGAUGCUACACUCCGUCAGCUGUUCCUCAAUUUCUUCACUGCACCAGCGGAAACUAAGCCAGAUAUUGCACUACUACUCGCUAGUAUUCUAGAAUAUACGGAAGAUGAUGUUAUGAAGAUAAAAAGCGCGGUUAAACCUGGAAAUAAGACGGGCAAGAUGGGGGAUGCAGGAGCAUCACUUGCCGAUCAGUUUAUACGCUUUUUGGAGAACGAGUCGGAGUCUGGGAUGACAGCGCCUCAUUUGCCCGUUGACCCCCGCUAG